AGACCGGCCAUGCUAUGUGGACUCAGCUGGUAAGCGUAUAUAAAGAGGCGUAGCUCGCUUUCUUGGCUCGAUUGCUCUAAUCACAAUAUUCAACCAUGUUCAGACAAAGCGUUAUCAUCGGAGCACUUCUAGCUGUCGGCAUAGCACUCGCCGCGGCUAGGCCCCAGCAGGACGCAGACGACACGUGGCUCUCCGCCGAGGACGCCGACUUGUCGGCCAACGACGACCUCCUGCUGAGCCUCGAGGUCGACCUGGGCACCGAGGACGUCGAGGACGCCCUGCCCGAGCCGGACUCGCCCGAGGACGAGACGCUGCUGUACCCGGUCGCCGUCGAGGAGCAGCAGCAGGAGCCCCAGGCCGAGUCUUCGUCCGCGUCUAGCUCCGAGGAGAGCGAGGCACCACGCGCGCGCCCCGCACCCUCUAGGAGCUCUUCCUCCUCGGAGUCCAGCUCGGAGGAGAUCCAGGCACGCCGCGGCGGCCGCCCUAAGCACGGGCGUCGCCCCUAGCCGAAGGCUGCCUAAUGAUGCCAUCGACACGUCAGUGACUUCUACAUUGCGGUGUCACCUAAGCACUUGAAAUAAAAUUCCGCUUGUGAAAAAAAUAAUAAUUAUAUAACACUGGGCCCUAUAUAGUCUGGUGGUGGCUGUCACAAGCGCCCAAGGGAGCCAGCUAAAAUGAAAGAAAGAAAAAGAAAAAAUCAAGCAAAUUUGAAUAUGACCUAAAAUCGCGUAUCCUGAUCAUUUCAUUAUUGUCAAAGCUACAGCACUUCCCUGGCGUUGCCCCCUGCAGCCACACAACGAUGGUCAACCUCGGAACGACCAGGACGACUGAAAUAUCGUGUUCGGGGAUUCUCUCGCACGCUGAGUCCAAAUCUGGUAGUGCCGAUGUCGUCCGGGCCCCCGGGGACGUCAUUGCAUGGGGACCUUCCCGAGCACGCCCAUGACCCCCCCACGACAAAUACGAUUCGGCUCCAAACGUUGUUACACACGGGCUGGUGUAUAUUUCUUAAAAGUCGCCAAAUAUAAUUAUUAUUAAUAGCAAA